UAUCGUUGUCUAGGACAGUUCAAAACAGCCAUCGACUACCACAAACGUUGUCUAGAAAUUGCCAAAGAAGUGGGAGACAAGGCUGGAGAAGGAGCGAGUUAUGGCAGCCUUGGCUGUGAUUAUCGUUGUCUAGGACAGUUCAAAAUAGCCAUCGACUACCAUAAACGUUGUCUAGAAAUUGCCAAAGAUCUGGGAGACAAGACUGGAGGAGGAAGGAGUUAUGGCAACCUUGGCAAUGUUUAUCAUUGUCUAGGACAGUUCAAAACAGCCAUCGACUACCAUAAACGUUGUCUAGAAAUUUCCAAAGAAGUGGGAGACAAGGCUGGAGAAGGAGCGAGUUAUGGCAACCUUGGCAGUGAUUAUCGUUGUCUAGGACAGUUCAAAACAGCCAUCGACUACCACAAACGUUGUCUAGAAAUUGCCAAAGAAGUGGGAAACAAGGCUGGAGAAGGAAGGAGUUAUGGCAACCUUGGCAGUGAUUAUCAUUGUUUAGGACAGUUCAAAACAGCCAUCGACUACCAUAAACGUUGUCUAGAAAUUUCCAAAGAAGUGGGAGACAAGGCUGGAGAAGGAGCGAGUUAUGGCAACCUUGGCAGUGAUUAUCGUUGUCUAGGACAGUUCAAAACAGCGAUCGACUACCAUAAACGACAUCUAGAAAUUGCCAAAGAAGUGGGAGACAAGACUGGAGAAGGAGCGAGUUAUGGCAACCUUGGCAGUGAUUAUCAUUGUCUAGGACAGUUCAAAACAGCCAUUGACUACCAUAAACGUUGUCUAGAAAUUGCCAAAGAAGUGGGAGACAAGGCUGGAGAAGGAGCGAGUUAUGGCAACCUUGGCAGUGAUUAUCUUUGUCUAGGACAGUUCAAAACAGCCAUCGACUACCAUAAACGUUGUCUAGAAAUUGCCAAAGAAGUGGGAGACAAGGCUGGAGAAGGAGCGAGUUAUUGCAACCUUGGCAAUGCUUAUCAUUGUCUAGGACAGUUCAAAACAGCCAUUGACUACCAUAAACGUUGUCUAGAAAUUGCCAAAGAUCUGGGAGACAAGGCUGGAGAAGGAGUGAGUUAUGGCAACCUUGGCAAUGCUUAUCUUGGUCUAGGACAGUUCAAAACAGCCAUCGACUACCAUAAACGUUGUCUAGAAAUUGCCAAAGAAGUGGGAGACAGCGCUGAAGAAGGAGCGAGUUAUGGCGACCUUGGCAGUGAUUAUCGUUGUCUAGGACAGUUCAAAACAGCGAUCGACUACCAUAAACGACAUCUAGAAAUUGCCAAAGAAGUGGGAGACAAGGCUGGAGAAGGAGUGAGUUAUGGCAACCUUGGCAAUGCUUAUCUUGGUCUAGGACAGUUCAAAACAGCGAUCGACUACCAUAAACGUAGUCUAGAAAUUGCCAAAGAAGUGGGAGACAAGGCUGGAGAAGGAGCGAGUUAUGGCAGCCUUGGCAAUGCUUAUGGUGGUCUAAGACAGUUCAAAACAGCAAUCGACUACCAUAAACGUCAUCUAGAGAUUGCCAAAGAAGUGGGAGACAAGGCUGGAGAAGGAGCGAGUUAUGGCAGCCUUGGCAAUGCUUAUGAUGGUCUAGGACAGUUCAAAACAGCCAUCGAGUACCAUAGACGUCGUCUAGAAAUUGUUAAAGAAGUGGGAGACAAGGAUGGGAUUGCCCAGGCUCUUUGUAGUCUUGCUACAACUUUUGAAAGGCAUGAAUGUCUCCAAACCGCCCUCGACUAUUAUAUUUCUAGUAGAGAGAUUUUUAAUAAUGUUCGGGCUAGUUUUCUGUUGAACCAUAACUGGAAGAUUUCGUAUCGAAAUGUUCACAAAACAGCAUACAAUGGUGUUUGGCGCGUACUUUUACUGAAGGGCGAACAUGUCAAAGCUCUUCUUGCUUCCGAGGAGGGACGUGCACAAACUCUAAGAGAUAUCGUGGAUUUAAAGUACAACUUUCGACAAACCCUCACGCGGUGGAACUCUAGAAAAUGCUCCGAUUGUCUUUCAUUAAGAAACAUUUCAUCAGAUGCAGUUUUUCUAGCAAUUACUGGACCUUACAUUGCUUUGUGGGUUAUUCGGAACGGGGAAGUCGUUCAAUCGAGAAUAAAGCAUGUGAACAACUUUCUUUACCAACGUGAAUUAGAAGUUUACAUUACCUCUUUGAAUAAGGCUGCUUCCUUGCAAGUUAGUGCAAGGGCUGCUGUUGAAUGGGAAAAAAGUUCAACUCAAGUGGGCCGAGAUGAAAAAGGAACGAGCAAUGGUUCUCCGCGAAACGCGACGACAAAUGCCCUGCGGAAGCUUUAUGAUAUCAUAGUUUCUCCUAUCGCAGAUCUGAUUGAUGGAGAAGAGCUUGUAUUUGUUCCUGAAGGUCCACUUUGCUUGGUGCCCUAUGCAGCAUUGGUGGAUUCGAAUUCAAGGUAUCUGUGCGAAUCUUUCAGGAUUCGAGUAAUUCCAUCCCUAACCAUUUUAAAAUCAAUCUCAGACUGCCCGACAGAAUUGCACAAUAAAACCGGUGCACUGCUCGUGGGUGAUCCAUGUUACAAGCAAGUCCUUUAUCAGGGUAAUUUGUUAAAUCAGCUGCCGGGUGCAAGGAAAGAGGUGAAGAUGAUUGGAGGAAUCCUCGGUAUUGCUCCUCUCGUUGGAGGGGAGGCGACAAAGGAAGAGGUAUUAGGACGAAUUUCCUCAGUUGCGUUGGUUCACAUUGCAGCGCAUGGUAAAAAAGAGACAGGAGAGAUUCUCUUGGCACCAAACACGAGUAGGACAAGCUGUCAAGCUGAAGAGGAAGACUAUCUACUGACAAUGAGAGACGUGUUACGAGUCGGGCUGCGAGCGAAACUGGUUGUGCUUAGUUGCUGUCACAGCGCUUGCGGUGAGGUUAUGGCCGAAGGUGUGGUUGGCAUUGCGCGAGCGUUCUUAGGUGCCGGUGCUCGAUCGGUUCUGGUAUCCCUGUGGGCCAUUGAUGACGAUGGUACUCAGGAGUUCAUGAAACAUUUCUACGGAGCACUGGAAAAAGGCAAGGGUACCAGUGAAGCUGUCAAUCAAGCCAUGAAGUGCAUGAGAGAGUCUGAAAUGUUCAGUAAAGGGAAUUACUGGGCGCCAUUUGUACUCAUCGGGGACGACGUGAAACUGGAAUUAACGGAAAUUUAA